GUAUUUAUUAAAUGUAUAAACUAUGGACUUCUCUUACUGUAAAUUUUGCAGUUGACAACUGCUUAAAAUCAUACAUUCUGUUUGGAAUACUUAUUUAAUUUCUCGAGAGCUUACAAGAGUAGAAAAUUUUUAUUAAAUAAUGGAUGAGAUUAAAACUCAAGAACUUCAAAUCGCUUUAAUAAUUAAAGAAGGUCGUGGCUUCGCUACUGUCGAGCACCCCAUGUACAUGGAAGCCUCCUUGGACGGUCACUACCUGGACACCCACGUGGUAGAGCCGAGCUCCGAGCCGCAGUUCUUCGAGGAGCUCACGUGGUUGAUGGACAAGAAAAAACUAAGGAAGUUGCGGAUGAGCGGGGCCAACCACGUCCGCCUGAACUGCUACAGCCUGGUCAGCCCCCACCAGCGAGUUUCCGUCGGCUUCCUGCAGCUGUGCCUGAAGCACGCACAGAUCCAGACCGAGGCCCGCCCGCAAGUGAAGGAGGCCUGGCACAAGCUCAUUGGAGUCCGGUCGUCACGUCCCGAGCUGCUGCUCGGCUUCUCUGUGCGCAGCGCCACUCUUCAGCCGCAGAUAGCUGCGUUUGUGACGGCGCCGGCGGAGCACGGCGCGAGGGGCAGAGGCGACGGCAUGGACAUCGCGCCCCGGCUGGUCAGCGAGCGAGGCAGCAUCCAGAUCGGGCCCCAGAGCAGCUGCAGCGACGUCUUCCUGCUCACGGUCGUCGUCGGCGAGGCCUGCCACUUGCACCUGCUCUUAACCGGGGAUGCGAGCAGUCAGAAUGAUAUAAGAACCUUUCACUUCUGCUACACGAUUUGCGGCAACACAGUUAACACCAAGAACUUCAGUUUGGAUCCGAGCUGUGUCGCCAUCACCCCAGCCGACGAGAAAAUAAAAAUUCGCAUUCGGAGCUCGCUGUCCGCGUUGAAGAUGUACUUUGACAAGCAGUCCGUGAUGCCGUUCCAGUUGAUAUCUGGCGACGAGGAAGUCGCUUCCACGACCGUCAACUUGAAAACCCUGAUCCCGACGGAAGACGUGGAGGAGUUCCGCUCCAGAUACGCGUGCGACGACGACGGCUGGAUCCACAAGAGCCGGUGUUGUUUCGCCAGCGCCGAGCGGCGGCGAGACCCGGAUCGGGAGGGCCAACCCGAGCCGAGCGUGGACGUGAUUCUCGCGCUGAGGUUCGUGGAGAGGCAGGCGGUGCCGUCCGAGCACGGGACGGAAACCAGCAGGACCUACACGUUGUCGAAACACCAGAGCGCCGAAGACACGGCGACCGGUGGCAGUUGGCUUCAACAGCUCUGCGCUGCUUCCCUAUCCGCUCCUGUAGUCACAGACGGUCCUGGCAGCGACCAGCAGAGCACGGCGCAGUCGUCCGGGCCACACCACGUCCCGAGCACUUGUCUGCCCCUGCAGCACGGCGGGUCCACGCCAGAGGGCGCCUGCUCGGAGGCACAGAGCACGUCCCCCUCAGAGAGUCGUCUCCAAGAAACUAUCUCCAGCCACGUGGGUUUCCGUGACAUCACUUUCCGAGAGCCACAACAUUGUGUGGAAACUGUAGAAAUAAAUGGCGACACUUCCAUUCACCGUUAUGAUUUAUGUAUUUACGUGGAAUGUGUGCGAUUCCAACAACUGUUUGAAGAGAAAGAGGUGUUUUUCAAGUUCCACCACCCGCAUGCGGAGGAGGUGAGCGAGCAGCAGGCCUCGGUGCUGGUGCGAGACGCCGGCGAGGACGUGCCGGUUCAGGGCGUGUCGUGCCGGCUGGGCAUCUGCUGUUCGCCCGCGCACGUCGCGCAGCUGCUGCUGAGCUGCCCUCCGCACGGCAGCGUGUGUGCCCGGGGUCCCGGCGGGCAGACCCUGGUGCUGGCGUCCUCCGCGCUGGACACCGCUCCGCUCCUCGCCACACGCGAGAGAGAGUGCUGCUACUGGAAGAGCCUGCAGAACGUCUCCACCGGCCAGCAAGUCUCCAUUGUGAAGAUCUCGCUGGUGCUGGAGGACUCUGGACCGCAGCUCUCAGCGGAGGACCACUUGGAGAGGAAGCUGGCAGGGUGCGGGUUGGAGAGGACAGCGGUGAACGAACUGACUGUAUUUAAAACAGUGGAAGAGCUCGAGGAGUGGAGACUGAAGCAACAGGAGAUGUUCGCAGCACAGAUGUGCGAAAAGGAGAAGGCGCAUCUGGAACGUCUGAAGCAUGACUGGGACACAGAGAGAGAAGGCAUCGAAGCUGUCCUCGAGAAAGAGCGAGACAGAUGUUGCAAGAUGGCAGAAGAACAGGAGCGGGUCUGCAAGGAACUGGAAAUCAGUCGCAAGAACAUUUCAAAACGAGAAGAAGAGGUACGUCAGCUCCAGGAGAAGCUGGAGGCUGAGUGGACCGACAGACUGCUGCAGCUGGAGGAGCUCACCUCCCGCAUGGAGCGAGAUGCAGACAAGGAGUCCCAGUGGAGGAGGGAGAGAACUCAGUUGGAGCAGAGGGUGGCAGACCUGCAGCAGGAACUAGAGGUGUGGAAGGAGAGGGCUCGGCUCAGAGAGGCAGAACUGGAGGAGAUGAAGAAGAUCAGGCUGACCCAGGAGCAAGUAACCUACCUUUGCCAGGAGCUGAAACUGGCCGAGGGGAAGCUGGACGCGGCCAGCAAGCUCAAGUCCUUCUACAAGGAGCAGUGGUGCCGGGCCGUGAAGGAGAUCCUGCACGUGAAGACGCAGAACCGCCAGGCCCUCCACAUUAACAUCACCAAGAAUGAGAGAAACCAACUGAUGAACCUUCGAGAGACAAAGUCUGUUCACGAGAUGGGACCCACCGAGAAGGCCGGCCAGGACUGCGCAGAGAAGCGCAACGUGGCCAAUCAGGGGCUUCGUCAGUGACUAGACCGUCGUUCCAGCGCCAGCCUGUCAGUGCCAAGGUGACACCUCUCAGCUAGCACUCUCAUCUACAAACUCUUGGAAGUAAUUUUUGAAAAUAGUUAGUGCUUACUGCAAUACAACAGUUAUGUUUCAGUACCAGAAUGGUGACUGUCAAGAGACUGUGAUGUCCUUGCUUGUAUGGUGUAUCAUUAAAAAUUUAUAUUUUAACAAA